AUGUCGGCUAUCAAGAAAGCGUUGAAGGCGGCAAAGGCUGCGUUGGAUUCAAAGGACUCUGAAACGGCUCAUGACGAAAUCCAAUUCGUUUUGAAAAAGGAACCGAAUAACUAUUUUGGGCACAUCUUCUUAGCUAAAUAUGAAGAACAAGUUGGUCACAUUGAAGACACCAGUAAAGCCUUUGAAAAAGCCAUUAACAUUGAGCCGAAAAAUCCCUUGGCUUGGAAAGGGUUCUAUCAGUUUCUUCUGAAGGGUAAGGACUUUGUAUUGUAUUUUGACGUGCUAACAAAGUAUCUUGAGUUACAGUUUGAAUUGGAAGUUAACAUUUAUGAUACUCUUAAUGACUUUCAAAAGUAUUUGAACCGUAACAAUUAUAAGCAGAACAAGGUCCUCUACGAGAUUUAUUUGAAUAACAUCAUCCCGGGGUUGGGGUCGUCCUUGGGUGAUAUGAUUGGACAAGAUCGCAUGUUUGGAGGCAUGAAUAAGAAUGUUCGAGAUGCAAUUGAAUUUUUCAGUAAGAAGGAAGAUGAAGAAGUGAAGACUAUAGUUGCAAAGGAACGGAUGAAGUUUUCUGCAAACCUUUCUGCUGCCCAACAGCAAAUAAUACGGGAUAAAACUUGGGAUGCUAGGAAACAUCUGAAGUUACCUAAAUUGUAUGAGCUCUUUUUAAGUAUAACAGAUGAUGAUGAUUUGAGAGCAAAGUAUGAAGAUAAAUACUUGUCAUACAAACUAGAAUUACUCAAGGUUCAUCAAACAAAAGAAGCUGGUUUGGAAUUCAAAGAGUUUGUGGAUGAUAUGGUUUUCAUCAAAACCAAAAAUUUGCAUUGUUGGAGGUUGUACUGGGAUUUAUGUGAUGUUAAUGGCUUUGCUGCUACUGAUUUGAAUAUAUCCAAUUUGGUUUACUUCAUUGGGGAGUAUGAACUGGACCCCUUGGCCCGAGUACUUUUGGCAUAUCUUAUGUCUGACAUUUGUACCAUUGAAGACAAAGACAGCAUUCUUCAAAAGAUACAAAUAACAACCACGAAUUCUGAGAAUAUUACGACUCCUCAAUCGCUAGAUGAUGUAGAGGGUCUCACAACUGAACAAAUUGAACUUUUGAAGAGUACUGUUCAGAAUAAUAGUAACAAAAUCAGUGAUAAUCAGAAUGAUACUAGCAUGAGGACUUUAUCAGCAGAGGAAAUACUCGAAUUGAUGCUGCAAGGGUAUAGCGAGGCAAAGGAUAGUAUAUUGGCAGGUAGAUUAUUUGCUACUUACCUCCUUCAUCUUGUUGAGUAUCAAGACGCUUAUACGGUGUGUAAAGAAACGGUAAAGCAAUUAGCCAAUUGGAAAAGGACAUCGGGAAUGGACCUUUUAAAUUCCAAAAUUGACAUCUUGUGUUCCCAAGCAGUUGUCUAUACUUAUUUUGAAGCUCCAAAGAAUUAUCCCAGAGCACUUCAACUAUAUGCCAAGGUCCAUCAAGAUGAACCAAACAAUGUUAGAGCAUCUAUUGGGAAAUCAGUCAUUUUGAUAGAAAUGGGAGACUAUGAGAAGGCAGCACCUUUGCUAUCUAGAGUUCUUGAAUUUCAACCCGAUUCUGUGGAUGCUGUUUCGGAGUUUGGGUGGUGUCAGAUCAUGUUAAAAGAUUUUGAAGCUGGUAGAAGGAACUUGGAAAAAGCUCUUAAAUUGGUCCAAGGUUCAAGUGUACGGAGUUUUGAACUGAGAAGUGCAAUUGAAUGUCGGAUUGCAAGAUCAUAUCUUAAGGAAGAUGGUUCCAAUGCAGAUUUCAUCAAGAAAGCUUAUGAUUAUUUAAUCCAAGCACUUAAGGAUUCAAAAAAUAAUGCAAGAGCCUAUACUUUCCUUGGUUUCAUCUACAAGGAUGCAUAUAACGAUGCUGCAAGAGCAUCCAAGUGUUUCUUCAAGGCAUUUGAGUUAGACGCUAUUGAAAUCUCGUCGGCCAAAUGCUUGGUCGAAGAUUUCACAGCAAAGAAUCAAUGGGACGUGGCCGAGAUCAUUUGUCAAAGAAUCAUUGAAUCCGAAAGAUCAAGAAGGUUUUUGCUCAGCGUUAACAAUGAGGAUGAAGAUAAAUCCUGGCCCUAUAGAGUUCUUGGGUGUUCCGCUUUGAACAAGCAAGAUGAUGCUAAAGCUAUCGAAUGGUUUCAAGCAGCUUUGAGAAUGACCUCGAUGGACUUGGAAUGUUGGAUAGGGUUGGGUGAAGCAUAUUCUAGUUGUGGUAGAUUGGAUGCUGCAAGCAAGGUGUUCACGUUUGCAAGUGAGAAGAGUCCAGAUUCUUGGAUAAUCAAAUAUAUGUUGGGGAAGGUUCAAUGUGACAUGGGAGAGUAUGAUAUUGGUCAAGCCAUUUUAUUCGAAGCUUUAGAGUUAGCACCAAAGGAAAACGUUGUGUUGGCAGCGAUUUAUGAGUCCCUCUUGGCCUCCUCAAAGUACUUGGUUCAAGGAAACUUUUUUGGAAGAGCAACUGAAGCUAUUAUCCAAGCCAUUGAUUAUAUAUAUCAAAGUGUUUUAAUAGAUCUGAAGUCACAGAUGUUGUGGAAGGCUUUAGGUGAUUGUCUUCGGGUCUUUCUUGUAAUCCAAGGAAGAUUAGAUGAAGUACCACAGGAAAAGUUGCAACAGAUAUUUCACGUGUGUGAUGGUAUUUUAAAUCAUCUGGAUUCAGAACAGGAAUUCAUUGAUGAGGUUACCUAUGUUGAUAAUAUCACCGUGUUCAAUAUGGAAGAAGAAAAUUAUGACAUGAAGGAUAAUGUUUUGAGAGCAUUAAUUCUAUCUGGUAAAAUGGGAGUGGCCUCAUUGCCAAUAAGAAGAAAUAAUAGUGUGAGAGCAGCAGCAAUCUUCAAUUUGGGUUUAGGGUAUUAUGAUGCUUAUCAACUCAACGAUGAAGUUACCAAGUACAGAGAUUUGGCCUUGAAAUGUUUCAAGAGAGCCAUUCAAUUGGAACCAAAGAAUGCAACCUUCUGGGUUGCACUUGGGAAUACAUAUGUGCCAUUUAAUGCCUUGGUUGCUCAGCAUUGUUUCAUUAAGGCAUCUGCACUUGAAACUAAAGACGCCUCUGUGUGGUGUAAUUUAGCCACCUUAUAUUUGAAGUAUGGUGAUAUUGAAUUAGCAAAAGAGACUUUUUUACGGGCGCAAUCUGUUGCACCACUUCAAUCGUUCCCCUGGUUAGGUCAGGCAAUUGCAUCCGAAAAUUCUGGGGAACCUGGAGAUGCUGAAGCUGCUCAACGGUUAUUUAUUCAUGGAUAUGUUGUAUCCAAUGGAAGAUCACAUUUGGCACAGUUGCUUUAUGCUUUAUGCAUUAUUAAUAAGCGACUUGUGAGUAAUUCUAGUGACUUGAGAGAUGUUGAAACUGCCCAAGAAUUAUCCAUUGCCAACUUUGCCAUGACUUCAUACUUUAAGUUUAGACCUAAUGAUGUGAUUGCUUUGAAGAUUGCCUUAUCAAUCAGUGAACGUUGUAAGGAUUACCGGAAUGCUAUCACUGUUGGUGAACGACUUUAUAAGUUGCUUGAAAAGGAGUAUGACACAACCGGCAACACCAAAACGGCUUUAGAGAUUGCAGAAACCAGAGCACAAUUAGCAAGGGUAUACCUUGGCCAUGAAGACUAUGAAAAUGCCAUCGAAUGUGCUCAGUUUAGUAUGGAAAUUGUCGGUGCAUUGGAAGCAGAUGAUGAUAAUAAUAGUGCUAAAGCUAAAGCUAUUCUCGAUACGAUUCUUUCGGCACGGAUAGUCAUAGGUUUAAGUUUGUUUUUUGAUGGACAAUAUGAUGAAGCCUUGGAGCAAUUGCAAGAGAUUUUGACCACCCAUGGUGAUAAUCAUACCUUGAUUUGUUUGACUGCACAAAUCUUGAAUGCCUUGGGAACUGAAGACACCAAACAAGCAUCAUUGGAUCAAUUGUUCUCAUACAUUGAGAGCCAUGGGUCCUCAUUGUUAGUUGUACUUAUUCUUGGGUGUAUUGCACUUGUUGAUAACAUCAGUGAAUACUUUGAAGCUGUUAAAGAUGAAUUACGGUGUCUUCUGUUGGAAGAACUACAAAAUGACAAGCGGAAACUUAUACCCUCAUUGCUCUCGCAAAUCAAUGAACGUAUGGGGACGUUCAAUGCAAAGGACAUUUGGCAAAGGAAUGCUAUUUUGUUCCCAUCGGACUAUUCUGUAUGGACACAGCUCAAUAACAGAAUGGCUUUGGCUAUAGCUGGAUUGAAAGACUCCAAGCUUCCUGCACCCAAGUACGCUGAGUUGUAUGCUAAGAUGGAAGACUUGCGGUCAAUACAAAGAAGCAUGGUCUUGUUCCCUGCAAAUGGUAGUGUUGCCGAAGCGUUAAAGGGCAUAUAG